CUCAAUUCUUCAAGGUCCGCCAGUUGCCACAAUCCGCGAGCUACCCUGCAUGAAAAGAAAAAAUGGGAAAAGGAUUCUGGCUCCUCGGAACAUAUAGGGCACGUCGUGUCAGUCACAAGAGUUUUAGUAAACAAAACUAUCUGCAGAGGCAAGAAGCCACGGACAGCUCGCCAAAAAAAGAACUUUAGUUUUGGGGGAACAGGAAUACUCCAAAGAAAUUUCCAAAAACGAGUAUCAAAAGGGAGGACCACCGGAGGAUGAUGAAGAUCGAACUCAGAAGACAAAAGAUGAUACCCUGUUUUAACAGUGUAAAGACCAGAGGAUGAAUAAUGCCAAAUCAAACGAUCAGUGGACACAGAAAGAGGGAGAGGGAUAGACAAAAUGAGAUCAACACUCUCUAGGGUGAACAGAGAAAGUAAGAGAUCCUUCUUCCAUGAGUGAGAGGUAGAGCAAAUGAGAUCCGAGACGAGAGGAGGGCAAGUACUCAAACUUGGCCGUAAAACCGGGGUAGAGGGAGGAGAAGAAGGAAGCCAAUUAUCCGUUAAAGUAUGGAUCCGAGACCCGUUUCCCACCUGCCAUCUUAACCCCCGACUGAGAAGAUCUCUUCCUGUCAGGAUGCCUUGCCACGCCCAUGAGGGAAGGGAGCCUACCGUCGCCUCUAAGAAUGCCCGUUGGGGAUGAUAUCGUGCUUGAUAAAUCUGGGCAAGAGUGCUGGAGGGGUUGCAAAGAAUACGCCAUGCCUGCUUAGCUUAACUAACAGAGAUGUUCAUUUAGUGGUAUAAACGACUCUUUUAUCGACUGAACGAUUAGUAUUGACUGUCGUUUGUUUUUAUCUAUUGUAAACAUAUAUGUCUAAUAUUCCAUCGGACUAUGAUAUAAAAAAAAAUGGCUAUCAAAUCAUCAAACAAGAGAGAUAAGGUAGAGAUGUGAUUGGGGUGGGUUUUCAAAUUUUCACAAACCAUUCUCAUCUUUGUAUUUAGAUAUUCAAAUUCAUAUUUGUAACAUAUUUAUGCAGGAAGUCAACCCCAUUUAUAUACCCGUGGUUAUAGGGUACAUGGGUACCUGUGGGUAAUACCCUCUUCGUAUAUAAAAUGUCGCUAUACCAUUUUACUAUAUCUAGUAUUUAAUUUGUAGAUCUUCAGUUAUAGUACAACCUAAUAAAUCAUGAAGUCAGCCAUUCAAUCGUUCUUAAUACGAAUUUAAGGCACUCACUCCUAAAACCUCCACUAAUCCAUCAACAAGUACAAUGUUAUCUAAAUCAUUCAUCUUCGACUUUGGCACAUGUAGUGAGCAAUAAAUAAUUAACAUAAUCUUGUUAACGAGCAGGAAAGAAGUGAAUGAGUGAAGGGUGAACGGAGGGAGAGAAAUUAGUGUUUAGCUUGAGUAUGAAGAAGGUAAAAUUGGAUCCUAUAUUUUUUUAUAUACAAAAAAAAAUACUCUUAGUUGGACAAAGAUGAAUAUGAAGAAGGGAAAUCUAAAACCAUACCCGUCCCAUCUCGUCAACUCUUUCACGAAUUUUAUCAGUACCCGUCUCAUAUCCAUCGAUCUAAUUUAAAAUAAUCUAAUAAUUACCUCAUCCUCAUCCCAUUUCACUCCACACACAUUGAUUAAAAUAAUCUAACCUCUGCUGGGUUGCAUAAACAGAUGAAUAGGCAGGUUAAGUUUAUGAGAGAGAUUGAGCAGGAGAGAGAGAGAGAGAGAGGCAAAGUGAAGAAUCCCAAAAAGGUAGGGGGGCCAUGUUGUGAUAUUCCCACUUUAGAUUUUAGAAGCAACACACAGAGGCAGAGAGAAGAAUACUUGCUGCUGCAACUUCUUUUUGGGACCAAAUCUCACCAAUUUUAAGCUCUCACAGUGGUACUCUCCUUUUCCCCCCACACCUCCUAACCCAAAAUGCUGCAAAAUCCCUCUUCCACUUUCAAAAGCAAAUAUCCAAAAUCUUCCACAAAAGCGAAAGAAAUUGAAUACCACCUUUUUCUACAGAUGAUAUUUCAUUCCUCAAUCACAGAUUGUGAUAAUCCGUACAAGAUAAUUCAAACAAAUUCGUAUGUAUUUAUAAUGAGGUGUUAGGAAUGAUGAUGUGUCGAUUUUUUUUUGGGUAAUUUGAGUCGAUUCAUAAUAUGAUCCAUAUUUGUAUUGAGUCGAAUCCGAAUGGAUCCAUAUGCAUUUUAAUGGUUUUGAGUUUAAAUUGAGUCUAAUUUAAGUUAAUUCAUUUGGAUCCAAUCCAAAUGGGUUAUUUGAAACCAGAUAGUUGUACAAAAAAAAAUAUAUAUAUAUAUAUACCGACUGCAUCUACAUUAGCUUCAUUGGGUUAUCCAACUCAGCAAGUUUAACUAUGAUUAUGAAAAAUGUGAAUGUUUGACCAUAUUUUUGUAUUGGACCUCCUAAUUCUUACAAAGUUAAUUACAAUGACUAAAUUUUUGUGAGACUGCUUCAGAUAAUGAAGGAAUUAAUUGAAA